AUGACAAUGCGAGAAGGAUCGCUCUCAUAGCCGUCCUUUGCGAGCUCUACCCAUACGGCCUUAUCCCCAUUGGGGCUGAGAGCAGGACUAUGGGUCGCACCUUGAUGCCCACUCAUCAGUUCUCGCACGAUGGAAGCAGCCUCGUAUUUACGGCGGGAGAUAACGGACACAUCAAAGUCUUCACUCUUCCUGUACCUCCUACCCCCUCGUCCCAAGAGACAUCUCAUAAAGGGCACCCGACUCCUUUGACAGAACGACAUGCCGCCAGCAGUGCACAAACACUACCAAAUGGCCGGAUACUGUUUACUGCUUCGUCUCUCGUUUCUCCCAACAAUGCUUUCAUAAUUUCCGGGCUCGAAAAUCAGUCUCCUGAAUUGAAACAAAUCACUAAAUUUGGUGCAGACGUCCUUGAAGGAAAGGGUUUAGAUCCUGGAGAGGAAUUUUGGUUCACGGGCGCCAAACAUGUGCAAGUACACGGCUUCGCACUGAAACCAAAGGGCUGGAAAGAGGGCCAGAAGAAGAAAUAUCCCGCCGUUUUGCUCAUCCAUGGUGGUCCUCAGGGAGCUUGGGAGGAUAGUUGGAGCACACGUUGGAAUCCCAACGUACCACAUACGGUCAAGCUUAGCACCUCUCUAGAAUUCACGGAUGCCAUCACCGAGGACUGGGGAGGACGUCCGUUUGAUGAUAUGAUCCGAGGGUGGAAGUAUAUUCUUGAGAAGCACCCAGAGGUAAGCGGAUCUAGAAGUUUCAAGGCAAGUGGCUUAUCUUUUAUUCAGAUUGAUCCGGAAAGGACAGUGGCGGCUGGGGCAUCGUGGGCUGGAUCCAAGGACACCCAGAAUUUGGUUUUGGAUUCAAGGCGUUGGCGUGUCACGAUGGCGUAUUCGAUACGCAUUAUAAUGGCUUCUCUACUGAUGAGCUCUUCUUCGACCGCCAUGGAAGACCAAAGUAGCAGACAAGUCAGCCACUGGAGUACGCCUCAACUCGUCAUCCACGGAGGGAAGGAUUUCAGAUUGGCAGAGACCGAAGGAAUCGGUGCUUUCCACGCAUUACAACAGUACGCCCUCUUCCUCGAUCGUUUUCUACGUUUUCUAAUAAUUGUUGGGUGCUCAGACGAGGUGUUCCUAGCCGAUUCCUCUACUUCCCGGAUGAAAACCAUUGGGUACUCAACGCUCAAAACUCUUACAAGUGGCAUUACGAAGUGUUCAAGUGGUUCGCAGAGUUUGUGGGUGAAAGAGAUCAAUAAAAUAAAGGAUUGGAUUGAGCGGUGGCUGAUCGCCAACCGGGGAACGCCCGCACUCCAAAAAGUCUUCCGUUCGCUCUAUCUACAAUAUCGUGUCAAAAAUUCCUCUCGUGUACCAUUGUCUCGUCUCUUGUCGAUACGGAUGGAUCUCCAUAACGAAAGCUACGACGAGCUUGGUGAACUCGUGGGCGUGAGCAUAGGAGAACUAGGGUUCAAGUUAGAAGAAAUUAAAUGUGUUACUAGUGAAUCAAACCUUACCUGCGAGGAAGUAGCAGUGUCCGCAGCUUUAUGGAUGUUGGGGUUCUCAUACGCCGUGAUGGAUUCGAAAGGAUAG